GAUUAGUCGCUGUGAUUGAGCUCGGUAGAACUUAAAUACCUUCUUGGAAUUUGAGAUCCAUCUUCUCCCAAGGGACAGCGGAAGUGGGAGGCGGGGGGAAUUCGGUCAUGUUGUGGUUUGUGAUGACGUGUCUGGCGAUAGCUUUGACCUUUGUUCUUACUGUUGACAACUUUCGGAAACACGACAACACUAACAACAACUUAUAUGCAUCACUUGGAAUUAGACUACUCCACAACGUAAUUCCUACCACUCCUUGGUAUGGCAACAAAUUGCCGUCUCUGCGGGGAAGAUCUCACUGCUAGUCAACUCCAGACUAUACCUUUUACCUAGUUCAUUCAAGUGCUUACCGAAGAAAGCAUCACGAUGCUUUCCGAAGCUGAUG